AUGACUUCAUCAAAUUAUCUAGAACAUGAUCUUAGACACACAUUUAAUAAAGUAAAAGAGAGUUUGAAGGAGGAAGAGAGGAAACCAGUAUUUUUUUUCGUUGGUCCUGCUGGUUCUGGCAAGAGUUCUGUAAUAUGCAACCUCUGUGAAGUAAAGAAAGGUUCAGCCGAGUACACAAAGAUGAACAUCAACCCAGUCAAAACAGGCACAACUGAGAGCAUUAGAUGCGACUCUACCAACUUAACAUGCAUUGACUAUUGUGGUAUGGAACGUAAAGAAAAUAUUUCCGACUAUAUUGAACAUGUUAUAUUGGAUAGUUGUGGCCCUCGAGAUGAUGAUAUCAUAGCAACCUCUGAUUUUAUGUCAAAACUGGCACCAAAAUACGAUCGACAAUUCAUUGUGCUUUUUAACAAGAUGGACAAAAUCAAAACUGACGAAGAAAAGGUGCAAUAUGUACAUAGAAAAGAAAUUGCUAAUUUAAAUUUCAACCAAAUCAAACCAAACAAAGGAAAAGGAAUGUUUUAUAACUUUUUUAAAAUUCCAUCUCUUUGCCUUGGUAUUUUCGAAGUGUCAGCUGACCCAAGAAAGGAAUUCGAUACCGAAUGCCCAAAUGACGCAUCACAUGAGUCGUUUAAAUCCAAGAAUGGACGUAUUUGUACGGAUUGUAACAUUAUUUGGGCGUAUCCUGAGGCUGUAAUCACCGAGAAGGAACUUAAAAUGGUUACAAAUGGCCAAAUUAUCGAGAUAAAAUUAGAUCCCGUUGGAUUUAGAGUACAAGAUGAAGCUAUGAAGAUGAUAUUGGGUAAUUGUCGUGACAGUGCUUCAUAUGUCAAAGUUGCCAAGGCUCUUUCAAAGACUCAUAUUGAACUAUUCCAGAGUAUACCUCUUUUGGUAAAGAAGAACAAUUCUUACAUCACCAACUUUGCAAAGGCAGACAAGGAAAUAUGCAAGUCCAUUGCAAUGUUGUUUGACUUUAAGUUCUCAUCUGAUUCUCUAGGUGCUACAGAGGGAAAAAGAUGGGAAGACCCCUCUACACUCAAAACCAUUGCACAGGUUCUCACUACCCUUAUCGUAUGGCCAAUCAACGUGCUAUUAACCGAUCCAUCAGAAGAUCUUUUAGGUGCCUGGGCUCUAUUCUAUGGACUUCGAUACCUUGAGAUCAACAACGAACUCUUUCAGCUAGCAUCCUCGACUGAUCACCAGAAUGAAGAAAUUACCUUUGAAAAACUCAAAGCCAUAGUAAAGACAGCUGAGAACAAUGUUCCAGAGUCUAAAGUCGUAGAACUUCUAAACAGUAUAAAGGCAUCUAACCUCCAGACAGUUUGUGAUCAGUUGAUAAAUAAUUGUAAGAAAAAUCUCCCUGAAAAGAAUAAGGUUUUUAAAAUAGUUAAUUCUGCUCUCACAACAAUUCAAACAGACAAAAAGAAUUAA